AUGUCAUGUGAUCUGAUGCCUACAGUUGCAAUAAAGGCUCUAGUCUACCCUGGUGCUAUUGCAAAAGCAUUGGUGAAAAAUGAAGCAAUCCCAAGUUAUAGUAACUUGAAUUUACAUGACCCCUCUGCUGUAACUGCAGCUGAUGCAAUUGCUGAUCUGCAGCGCCUAGAGGUUCUGGUUGGAAGCUACUUGUCAGUGGCUGGAGCAUUCUGGGGACUUAUAAAACCAUGGAGAGUGAGCUUCUAUGGUGUGCUUCUUAUCCUAUGGGGCCUUGUUAAGGAAUUUAUGUUGACGAAAUCAGCUGAUCCGAGUCUUAUAUACAUCCACCCAGCAAUGUCAAUUGCUAUCUGUUCUGCCUUCUUGUCUAUAGCUAAGGAUGUAAGGAGGAUAAUUCGAAGCUAUAGAGGUCUUCAGAUUGUAAAAGAGAAACCUUUAUGA